AUGUUACCAACGGGUAAGCAAGCGAUAUAUAGAGAUAAUAAACGGAAUCGGCGGCCAACAUCUUGCGAGCAAUGUCGUGUACGAAAAGCAAAAUGUAACCGCGAGUUACCGUGCGACGCCUGUAUUAAGAGAGGCGACAGGUCUCUCUGCAAAUAUGCAGGCAACGCUAUUCGCAACCCCAAGCCUAAAAACAACGUGGGAGAGCGACUCCAAAGAGUGGAAAAUCUGGUUUCUGAGCUUCUCGAGGGAGGAAUUAUCAACGAAUCAUCUAAAAAGGAAAGCAAUGAGCCUUUAGGGGACAAUAGCGCGCUAGUUUUCACGAAGACGACGCCAAAUGAUGAAGAAGCAACGAUACAAAACGAAACAAUUCAAAGGGGUCAUUUAGACUCCACCCACUGGCUUUCUAUUUUAGAUGAUAUUAAGGAGGUUCGACAGCACCUUUCACAAUCAGAAAUUUAUACACCCGAAGAAAAUGACAUCGAUAAUGAACAAGAGUUGGACUUGGUUUUGGGACCCACGGAGCUAUCAAGAAUCCAAGAUAUCAUUCACUCUUUACCACCGAGACCAAUAUGCGACAAACUCCUCUCACAAUAUUUUAAUUCAACUUUCAAUUUACCAAUCGUACAUACAGUUAAAUUUCAGAACGAGUACGAAAAGUUUUGGCAAGACCCGACCACAGCGCCACCCUUGUGGAUUGGACUUCUGUUCUCCAUUCUUGGUGUUGCAGCCGCUGUACUCCAGGCGAUGGGCCAGGGAUCGAAAACCGGUACCCACACUACACUCUCAGUCAAAACCUUUCGAACUAGGACAGCAGAAUGUCUCGUUAUGGGAAACUAUAAAAAUUCGUCCUCGUACACCUUGGAGACUCUGGUACUGCACCUUCUCGGUAAGUAUGUUGGAAAGCCUGACUCUAGUUUUGACUCUUGGUUCCUUAUGGGCAAUAUUAUCCGUCUGGCUUUACGAUUCGGCUACCACCGGGAUCCAAAAACUCAACCAAACAUUUCACCUUUUGAUGGUGAGAUGCGGAGACGGUGCUGGCAUGCUAUACUCCAGCUUGAUAUAUUACUUUCUUUCCAGAUGGGGAUGCCCAGCAUGAUUCCAGAAGAAUUUUGCGAUACAGAGCCCCCAAGAAAUCUUAAUGACUCGGAGCUUUCUCCCAACCUUGAAACACUUCCUCCCCCCAGACCUCUCUCUGACUGGACUCCCAUUCUUUAUACUAUUGUCAAAAGCAAAAUUAUGGGCAUGUUUAGAAAGAUAAUUGCCCACACGCAAUCAUCAAUGUCUUUUCCUUCCUAUCCUACAACUAUCGAAUUGGAUGGCAAGCUUCGAGAAACAUAUGCAGCAAUUCCAGACGAUUUCAAGAUGAAACCAAUCAACCAGUCCUUUACAAUAUCUUCCGGCUUGAUAAUAAGCCGAUGCACAAUUGAACUUCUCUUCUUGAAAAGCAUCAUGGUCCUUCAUCGGCGAUAUCUCAAGACAGAGAGACUGGAUCCACAGUGGGAAUUUUCCAGACGAGCUUGCAUCAAUGCAGCUCUUGAGAUCCUGACGCGACAGGCAGAUCUACACGAGGCAACACAGCUCGAUGGGCGGUUAUAUGAGGACCGUUGGAUGGUGUCAUCACUGACCAGCCAUGAUUUUCUUCUUGCGUCCAUGGUGGUUUGCCUGGAGUUGUCUGUACUCAUGCGAUCGUCUCCUGCCCAUUCGCUACACUUACCCUCAUCGUCCUUGUUGUCAAUGAAUGAUUCCUCGAUUUAUAUCAGGAGACUACUGGACGCCUUAAUAAAUUCUCAACGCAUCUGGGCGUCUCGGAGUGUAUACUCCAAAGAAGCUCGCACCGCAGCGCUGACAUUACAGCUUAUGAUAGACAAUGUACAGGGAAAGAAACAAACUCCUAGUGUUUAUAUGGAUACUGAGAGCCAUAACACGGGCUCUUUACAUGAUGUUAUAGAUCCGACUACAGUUGCUGCGCUUCCUGAUACCAGCGAAGCUCCAGACGUAUCCUUCGCCGAGACCAUGACAGACAUGAUCCAUGGAACUGAAAAUCUAGAUUGGGCUCUUCUCGAUCAAUAUCUUCUAAACCCUGGAUCUCCGACGCCUCAACUGAAUGUUACUGGAGAUAAUUGGAGCUUAAGUGUACUCGAUAUGGAGGCAGAUGCAUCGUUUUAUCAAUCAUAUUAA